GAUAUUGAAUCUUAUCCCAUCCUCGUUGGCGGCGCUUUCCAUCGCUAUCCGACCGCCUCAGAGUGUGGGGAAUUGCCCUGAGCAGCAGAGUUAGGGCCCUAUUGGAGUAGAUUUAUAAACUGGGGCAUCACUAUGUGGGUGUCGGGUUAGAAGUAAUAGUCGCAGGCCGCUGUGGGUCUUUGGUGCUUGGCCGACUUGUUCCUUAUUAUACUGUAAUAGAAUCCGGUCUCGGCAUUCACCAGGGGACGUCUUAUAAAGCGUUGUGUAAUUCCUUGGCGAUCUGAAGGGAAACUGUGAAAAUGGCUCGCGGACCGAAGAAGCAUUUGAAGCGCGUUGCUGCGCCCAAACAUUGGAUGUUGGACAAGCUGACUGGUGUCUUUGCUCCUCGUCCAUCCACUGGUCCCCACAAGCUCCGUGAGUGUCUGCCCCUGAUCAUCUUCCUUAGGAACCGACUUAAGUAUGCAUUGACUGGGGAUGAGGUGAAGAAGAUCUGCAUGCAGCGCUUUAUUAAAAUUGAUGGCAAGGUCCGAACAGACAUCACAUAUCCUGCUGGCUUUAUGGAUGUCAUCAGUAUUGAGAAGACUGGUGAACACUUCCGUCUGGUUUAUGAUACCAAGGGCCGAUUUGCAGUGCAUAGAAUUACAGCUGAAGAGGCCAAGUACAAGUUGUGCAAGGUGAGGAAGACAUGGGUGGGAACCAAAGGCAUUCCUCAUCUGGUUACCCACGAUGCACGCACAAUCCGCUACCCUGAUCCUUUAAUAAAGGUCAAUGACACCAUCCAGAUUGACCUGGAAACUGGCAAGAUCACAGACUUCAUUAAGUUUGAUACUGGUAACCUUUGCAUGGUGACUGGAGGAGCCAACUUGGGGCGAAUUGGUGUCAUCACCAACAGAGAGAGGCACCCAGGCUCAUUCGAUGUGGUCCAUGUCAAGGAUGCAAAUGGCAACAGCUUUGCCACCAGGCUAUCAAACAUUUUUGUCAUUGGCAAAGGCAACAAACCCUGGAUCUCUUUGCCCCGUGGAAAGGGUAUCCGUCUCACCAUUGCUGAGGAGAGAGACAAGAGACUGGCAGCCAAACAGAGCAGUGGUUGAGCUCUACACAUCUUACUUUAAAA